CCACACUCCGUCUUGCAGCCCAAGGAUAUUAGUUUGCCUUUUUAACCAUUAGAAAGAAACUCUCAAGUUCGGCGGCUCAACCCACCACCACCGCUUUGAUUCGCUUGAGAUUUUUUUUCUCAGUAUUCUUCUGCAGAGUUGGAGUUCUUUUAAAAAUGGCGGCGCCCAACUCUGAAAAAGAGUUAAAAACCGAAGUUCCAAGCUCACAUGAAGCAGAACAGCCUCAAAUUCAAGCUAUUCGAAUGCCAAGCAUGGAGGAAAUCCGUGCCCAAGAAGUUUGGAAUAACUGUGCCGUUCGUAGUGUCGCCAGUGGAGUAAUGGGUGGCGGGCUUGGAUUCAUGAUGGGUAUGUUUUUGGGUGCAUUGGAUAAUCCUAUAAUGCAAGAUCAAAUGAGUGGAAAGCAACAAUUACUUUAUAAUUUGAAGCAAAUGGGUUCAAGAAGCUGGAGUUCUGCAAAAACAUUUGCAGUUAUGGGUGUAGUGUUUUCUGCUGUUGAAUGUGUUGUUGAGAAGGCUCGGGCGAAACAUGACACCACGAAUACCGUUGUUGCCGGUUGUGUAACAGGGGGAACUAUGUCGGCAAAAGCUGGUCCGAAAGCUGCAUGCGUCGGUUGUGUGGGUUUUGCUGCAUUCUCAGUUGCGAUCGAGAAGUUUUUCGAUAGACACACUUGAUGGUAGAAUUAUCCUUUUGGUCCAAUUUUGCAUUCAUAGCUGACCUGCUGAAUUUUUAUCAGAAAAUAUUUUUGUGCAAUUUUAAUUGAUUCAGAAUAACAAUUUAAAAGGUGUUGUUAUGUUUUGAUAUUUGAUUCACACUAUACGUCUCUGAAUCAGAGAAUGCACACCCCUAAUAUAAUGAAUUGGAUAUUGUCUAUCCUUCAACUUUA